AUGGGCUCCUGCUUCCUGUUGUGGAGUAAUAGAGCAGGUUGGAGCUGGACCCCCUUUAAGCAUCAGCACAUCCUGCCCUUCCUUGAAUCCCUGCAGGACACGGGGGCUUUUGUGCUGAGCAAGGUGCCCUUGUUCCCUUGAAGGAAGAGAGGAAAAGCAAACCUCAGGUUAAGUCAGCAGAUGGAUGCAUGGGUCUGCGGCUCGCUCAGGUUAUGAGAGCUUAACACGGGGGUCGGGGAAAGUGUCUGAUUUGCGGUUUAGCCUAUUAGUCGUAACAUAAGCUUUGAUUAUAGCCAGGGAGAGAGAGUGCAGUUGCAUCUUGACCUGGAAUCUCAUUCGUAGCCACCAGGCUUAGCUAGGCUACAGCUUUGUGAAAGGGAUGAUUUCCUUUCAGUUUGUCAGUGAUUCCUGCUGAGUGAGUAGAGGAGAGCAGCUGCAGUAGUGGGUACACUGUAGCUUUACUGCUGCUUCUAGAGUGCUGAAGCAGAAGUUGGCAAUGACAAGUAACACCAAAAAUCUAAAUUGAAUUUACUUGCAGCUUUCUUGUACACAGAUUACAGAUUUCUUAGAUCACAAACCGUUACAGAGAUGUCAUUCAUUAUGUCACUAUCUGAAAACCUCUUAUGAGGUUAACUUUCUCUUUAGUUUCUAUGGAGUCUUGCUGAUGUUUAUCCCUGUUCCACACAGUGCACCACUACUGUAGCACUAUCUGCAAGUCAGGCUGUAGUGUAGUGGGUAUCCAUUUGAUCCAGCCACUCCAGUGCAUCUGGAACCAGGAGCUGCUCGGCUCAGCACUAACUAAUCUAUUAUAGAGCUGCAUGUGGUUCGUGCCUCUGUCAGUCUAGAUUUCCUGUCUGCUUCCCAGUGUUACGUAACAGAAGUAUGCAGAGCAUGCUCCACUGUAGUGCCAUUUAAGAUUUAGUUAGGGGUUUUCAUGUGAUUUGUGACAAUGAUAAGAGAGUAGGAGAGACAUGGUUUAAUGGUUUGUAAAGGUAGUGGUGAUGGUAAUGGAUGAUGAGAGGUAGGAUGGUGGGUGAGGAGUGACUCACUGUGGCCUUGUGGCAGUCUGUCUGCUGCUUCCCACAGCUCAGUCAGUCACCUGGCUGGUAUCAUUACUCAUCCGUUGCUCUGUAAACCUUUUUCAUCCCUCUUUUUGUAUUUGUAAAAAUCUCUCUAAAGAGGGAGGGAGAAGAGAUGGGCGUGGAGAAUGAGUAGGUGGAAAGAAGGUGAGAAGAAUGAGAUGAGCUACGAAGGUGGAUUAGAAGGAUACGAGAAAAUUGAAAAGAGGAAGAGAGAGAGAAGCGACAUAGAUGGAUAAUAGGAGGAGGGAGAGAGAGAGAGAGAGAGGAAGAGAGAGGAGAGAAGGAGAGAGGAGGGCGAGAGAGAGAGAUGAGCGAGAGAGCGAGAGAGAGAGGGUGAGAGAGAUGAAGAGGAGAUGGAGAGAGGAGAGAGAGCGAAGAGAGUAGCAGGAGCGAGUAAGAGAAAGAGCAGAUCGUGAGAAGAGAGAGAUCGUGAAAUCUCCUCUCAGCGAUCUCUCUCUCUCUUCUCUUCUCUCUCUCUCUUCUCUCUCAUCUCUCUCUGUCUCUUCUCCUCUCUUCUCUUCUCUCUUCUUUCUCUCUCUCUCUCAUCAUGCUGCCGUGGCAAAGUAAACUCAGACGAGGACACCCGGCAGAUAAAUAAGCGCGGCACUUUGCGGCAGCUGUGGCGCUAACACUCUCUCCCUUUUUUCUCACUCUCUCCUUUUUUACGUCUCUCUUCUGUCAAGUCUUGCUCAUGCUCCCCCGCUGUCGGCUUACAUGUCAUAUUUAAUGCAGAAUAAAAGGCCUUAAGCCGGCAUGUGCCAAAACCCACCAGUCCAGCUAUUGCCAAGGGGUAGGUAACCCAACACCAGGUCUGUGAGAGGAGAGGACACAACCUCAUUACUAAAUGGUCCUCUGUAGCUCAAUUGGUAGAGCAUGGUGCUUGUAACGCCAGGGUAGUGGGUUCGAUCCCCGGGACCACCCAUACAUAAAAAUGUAUGCACAUAUGACUGUAAGUCGCUUUGGAUAAAAGCGUCUGCGAAAUGGCAUAUUAUUAUUAUUAUAAACAACUGACUUUCCAGCCUCCUCCAGGUUGGUGUGUAUAAUGGUGUUAGUUUUACCUGGUUUAACACACAUUCACAGUGCCUGCUUAGCGUGCGCUCAUCAUGUUAGCCUGGCCAUGGAAAUUUGAUGUAGACAGAAGAAUUUUGCUCUAAUUCAACAUCUGUCUGACUCUGAGCUUAAUUAUUUGGGUCCGGUCAGUGUAACACUUUCAAUGUGCAGAGGAGAUGGAGAGUGCACUGUGGGCAUGCCUGCUAGCUGUUUUCAUGUUGAAUGAAAAUCUUUUCCUCCAGCCCCCAGCAUAGAGGGAGCACAUGGGGGAGGAAGAGCAUGUAAAUCUGUCUAGACCAUUGUGGAAUGACUGAUGUUAUAGGACAGGAGGAUACUCCCAUUGAGAGAGAUCUGUCCAGUGUCCACGCCGAGUAACAUCAGUCAGAUAUACGACUCCCUCAAAUGCUUUGGCAUAGGCUUUAUUCAGAAAGACUAUAAAGAUGAGGUAUCAUAUCUAGGGGUUCAAAUGAAUAUUCAGCCUACAUACAUUCCCUUUGAUUUAUCAGCCAUGUGGGCUCUGUAUUUUUUGUAGAAUGAUAUGCACUGGUCAUUUUAAAGAACAUUGGUGAAAUUCUCCAGGGCCUUGUCUGACAAGGCAUCAGUGUGUCAUCAUCGUACAAAUGUCACCACAAUUGUUUGAGCCUCCAACUAGGCUUGUUUCAAACACAACUCAUCAUAGUCCCGUCAUCAUGUAGUCCCGUGUAGCUCAGUUGAUAGAGCAUGUCGCUUGCAACGCCAGGGUUGUGGGUUCGUUUCCCACGGGGGACCAGUAUGAAAAAAUUUAUGCACUCACUAAGUCGCUCUGGAUAGGAGCGUCUGCUAAAUAACUAAAAUGUAAUCAUCAGUCAGGUUUUAUAAAUGGAAUCUCUUGAAUAAUAGCCUUGCAUAUCUUGAAGAGUAGUAGUAUGUGUUCUGUUCUGGGCUUGGAUAAGGCCAGGCUUAUCUUUAGGGAGAUGGUAGCCUUUGUAGUGUGUUUGCGUGUGAGUGUCCUGUGCUGCUGAUGUCACCCACAGUGGCCAGGCAGGCAGCUCUAAAUGGAACUGAGGGAUGAAUAGUGUUUGGCUGUAGGGCUGCUGCUGUAGUAUAGCUGCAGCAGAGCUCCAUUGUCUACUGUUCAAUUCAGUUAGGGAUCGUUACUUCAUACGCACUGCCUACAGAGUUCCAUACCACCGACCAAUAGCAGCAAGGUCAGGGCAUCCCUCCAGCCAAUGAGGGAUAGUUAAGCUGCUGUGAUGUCAUCAGUGCCAUACUAAAUGGCACCCUAAACUGGCGGGUACAGGAACUGAUGUGCAACUAUCUGUGUAAUAGAAUUUCAACCAUACAAUUAAAUGGGUAGCUAGCUAUCUCUGUUUUUGUCUCGUCUGUAAUAAUGAUAAAGGAGAGUUCCCGCUUAUUCACCCUGACAUUUGUCUUUAACCUAUCACCCCAAUAGCCCUUUUAAUGGGCUCUUAAAAUACUUUUACACAACUUUCGACUUAGAACUGUUGGCUGUUUUCUUAAUUUGAUGAAGAGAAUUUGUCCAAGAAGUCAAAUGAAUAACUUUGGUCAGAAUGUAUUGUCUGAGAGUAGGCCAUCUCUGUCUGUAGGCUAUUAUAUUUCUGUGUGUAUGUCAUUGAAAGUCACCCAGGCUGCUACACAUGAGUGAAAGAAUGCGGUGCAGGCCGUUUCGGGUUGUGGAGGGUGUGUCUCACCAUUGAUAAAGGUGCAUGCCCUUCCUGGAAAUGUGGUUUGUGUUAGCUGAUUAGCAGUGGGCCAGGCCAAGCCAAGCUGUGGGCGGGGUAUUGACAGAGGAGACAUUGAGAAGUUGACCCAUGUGCUUUCUCUUCUCUACACUACACCAUCCGGCCUGAUUCAGUCAAAACCGGUAACUGGGUUACCUGGAUAUGUCAACAACAAAUUAGCAUUUGACUUGUGUGCAGCAAGAGAGCACGUUUGAAUUGUUUCAAGUUGUCUGGCUUAGGCUACGUUGUUUUGUUGAGUAGGCUUCCAUGUUUGUGCUUCAUGUGCACUUUAUAGAAUCAAGGGCAUUAGCUAGGGGAAUUCCAGUAGCAAAAAGCCUAGAAUUACAUGUCUUCCAAGAUUUGCUUUGUGAGGAGGCAUAAAAUCCUUUGCUUACAUUCCCAAAUUGUACGUUGUUUGGCCUUUGUUGUGUAAUAAAGAUUUAUUUAAAGAAAAUAAUGAAUCUGCCAAAUUAUAUUGUGUGAAAUGUCUGAAUAGUUGUGGUGAGCCAUGGGGGGUUGUGCCAAACAGCUGUGUACAGUUAAAACGCUUCCCCCCUACCCUGUCCCCUGCCCCUCUCUCUAUCAGACUCUAUUCCUGUCACUUACCAUACCAGCUGCAGAAGAAGAGGCGGCAUCUCAGCCCUGUGUGUGUGUCUGUGUCUUGAGGGCUCCGCCCUGUUUUUUUCUUCAGUUUAAAUUCAACUCCCCUCAGUGUCAGGUAUGUGAUCUGAAAGCAAACUCAGUUUUGGCUGCAUUUCCAAGUCUGAGCAGCUAGCUAGAUAGAUGGAGGAUUCUCCCUCAGCCCCUAGUAGCCCUGGAGGGAGAAGGAGCUCCCUGGCCUGCAUCAUUAAUGAGCCUCAGCCUAGACAAAUACCUGCAGGUUGUAUGCUAACUAUUACUCUGUAUGAAUCACAACCAGACACAUUAUGCCUGGCAGUCCUAGUCCAGUGUACACAUCUACAGUCCCACAUUACACAACUAGAAUAUGAUGAGAAAGUAAAAGGUGAGAACCUAUCCGACUUAUCCUCAGAAACGCAGUGCCACCAAAUGUUACCAUGACCCUUCUCAGUGAUAAAUGGGUCCAUGGGCACAGUAUGCAACCCUUCCCUGCAGAUGGCAGGUUGUUGCUGUGUCAGGGUUUGUGUGAGUCAGUAUGAGUUUGAGGCUGGUCUGUAGGUGCUGUGCCAGCCAGGCCUGGUAGACAGACUGGGUGACAGUAGAGGUGCCUGAGCGCAGCUGGUGUGAUGCUGUUAAUCUAGCCUCCCGCAGGUCUUUGUUAUUGAAACACAGGUUAACCACUUGUGCACCACCUCCUCCUCAUGCAGGCUGACAGACAGUCUGUGUGUCUUAUGUUGUCAUUGUGAGUUCAACAACCGAUCAGAACAGGACAGGGAGACACCACUGAACUCCGGUGCUUUCAGGGCAGGUAUAGUCUGUUCCCCUGCUGGAACUUUCUGGAACAUCUAUUUAAAGAGCCCCAGAAAUAGGGUGUGUUAGCGUCACCACAAUUCCUUGUCAUUAGGGAUGUAAUCGGUUAGUACAUUUGAACGGUCAUGGUUAAUUUGCAUAAUUUAGUGUAAUUAAAUUUCUGCGUAUAUAUUUUAUUUGUCACGCGUACAGAACCUAGUUUGAGGAGCGGAAUAGCCUAUCACCUGUCAAGACUGCGAGAGCACCUCAAAAAGCUGGUACUGGAGUGAAAUUAGUAGGCUAUUUUCUGUUGGUCAAAUCAUUUGACUGUUUGGAAUUUUUUUUACCGUUUGUUUACCGGUUAAUGAGGGUUGGUUAGUCAGCAGCAACCCGACAUGUGCUUCCUUACUUGUCAUCAUCAGACAUGCAUUAUUGUUUCGGCUGACACACCUCAAAUGUUCAGCACAUUAUUUACAUUUUACAUUUUAGUCAUUUAGCAGACGCUCUUAUCCAGAGCGACUUACAGUUAGUAUUAUUACAUGUUACAGUUCUAAGUGGUGUUGACAUAGCAGUAUAUGAACUGAGCCAAAUGUAUCACAAGGCUGUGAACAGGACAUUGGAGUCCAUAUUGAUAGGGGCUCUGCAAUGUUUUACAUUGGCCAAUGAUCACCUCCCAGCCCCCAUCCCUACCCCGGGUCCCCCCCCCCCCCAGUUUUAGAGACUAUGCAGCUCUGCUCUGGUCCAUCUCUGUUGGAGUGCUGCUCAGUGUCAGGCUCAAUGACAUCACCCGUCAGUCACACAGCAGCACACUCCUGAGCUGAUGUUAAACCCCUGACAUAACACUUGUUGUUUAGCCAUGGCCUUUCAUUCAUCCCAUCUAAUGGUUCAGAUAGGCCUAUUGUACAACCUGCAGUGUUGUCAACCUUAUUACCGUCAGGUUAACUAAGUUACAAAAUGUAGAAGUUAUGACCCAAAUGUGUCAGUGUGUUGUAUUUUAUUAUUUGAAUUUGCACUUUUCCCGUUUUCUCUUCCCACCUCAGUCAUUCUGUCUGGCACCAGUUGACAGUGAAGUGCAAUAAAAAUGUUGAUCUCUCUAUAAUAGCAGUGUGAGACAGAGGCCUACUAUGGGUUGACCUUUUUGCUAUUGAUUGACUUAUUUUAGAGCCGCUCAGUGUUCCUGUUUCAACUGGUUUCUUUUCUCCUACUUCCCAGGUUAUUGAAAGCUAAAUAGCGCCUAACCCCCCCCCCCCCCCCCCCCCCUUUCUCUCAGCUCCAAAACUUAGGCAUUAACCCGGCCAACAUUGGGUUCAGCACCCUGACGAUGGAGUCUGAUAAGUUCAUCUGCAUCCGGGAGAAGGUGGGCGAGCAGGCACAGGUGGUGAUCAUCGACAUGGCCGACCCCAACACGCCCAUCCGCAGACCAAUCUCCGCAGACAGCGCCAUCAUGAACCCCGCCUCCAAAGUCAUUGCACUUAAAGGUAUGCCAAUUGGAACUGACAGUCUGAAUUUCAUUUAGCCUUUAUUAUACCAGGAUAAAAUCCCUUUGAGGUUAAAAACCUCUUUCCUGGGAGACAAUUGGAAUUAUUUGUACGUACAAGAGUUAUCGUAUGUAGGCUUACAUUUCUUACACUUAAGGUUGUGUUGAUGUUUUUAUGGAUGUAGUACAGCAGCAUUUAACCCUUAUUGGGCCUGCCUGUCUUCAUGAUUCAGUUUUGACAUGUUUGUGUAAUGUAGCCAGCAGAUUUCUGUCAACAUCCGACAUCCAUUCAGUGUUGAAGUAAACAUCUGUUUAUGUCCACAUACAUAAAGCUAUUUCUAUUUUGUUUUGUAAAGUAAUUUUGAUUGGCCCAGCCGGCCUCUUUUGCCAGACAUUGGGUUUACUGACCCAACAGAAGUGUAAUUUGACAGUCUUGUUCAGCAGCCAUAAUUGCUUUGUCUGUUUUUGUUUUGUUUCUCUGUUUUGUUUGUUCUUUUUUUGUUUCUUUACCGCUUUCUUAUGUGUAUGCAGACGGUGAGUUAAAAUUUCAGUACACCUGAGUUGUGGAAGUUUUAAAUCCUGUUUUUAAAUCUGUAUAAAAAAAUAAAAAACGUAAGAGUUUGUUCAAGUCCACACUAGCUAGGGUCAAUAGAAAACACCCACACACCAGUCUCUCCUUUCAUAUUAGAUACAUGCAAACCAAGCUGUCAUCACCAUGUUAUCAUCCAGCUUGAGACUGACUCCCAUUGUGCCAGUCCCUUUGUACUCUAUAUUCCAAACCCUGUCUGUGCAUAUAGUUGGACAUCAAUUUGGCAAAAUACAGUGAUUGGACUUUUAUUAUGGAAUCAGGACAAAUCCAUACACAUUUUGUUAAUACAUGCUAUAUUUCAUACACACAUGUUUAAGCUAUUAUCUAGUCCAUCUAAACAGGAUUUAGCUUUCACAACCAUCUAGCUUGAAUGUUGGCAUUACAUCAAUAUUUUUCUUAGAUGUACCAGUAAUUUAGUACCUGUUUUGGGGGUGGAAAUAUUGUGGGUCAAAUUAUGAAUUAAGCUAAAUUUUUGUUGACACAUUUAUGCUGCUUGCCAUUUGGAUUCCCUGCCCCAGUUCCUCUGUGUUCAAAUAUGAAUGUUGCCCAACCCCAUGGGUGCCUACAGGGCUCACUACCUUUGUCAUAAGAGCUGUGUAGUUUUAUCAUGGCUCUAAGCUUAGGUUAUAUAAUCCUGAAACGUGAGCUAGGUUACUCGGGAUGUUAUGUUUUAUAUUUUAUUAAAACAUUUAGAAUUCCCUCUUAGCUAGCCAACUAUCAUGGUAGAUCCUUGAUCCUCCCACGGUUCUAGGCAGUGAACGUGGCCUGGGUGAUUGUUGAAUCAGUGUCCAUACUGGUAGCUCUGCUCAUAUAGUAUUGAUUAGAUGAUAUACGUGUCCAGGAAGACUUCCUCUAGUAUUCUAACCUAUCAGAUGAUGGAGUGGCUGUAGUAAGUGUACAUUUCAGGCCAGAAGGAGUAUAGAGAUUAUGAAUAGGGCCCUUUGAUGAGUUACUAUGGCCCAGAAGGCUGAAAAUCUGAUUAGCCACCAAUUCAUUGGUUGUUAAAGUAAAAGACUGUUUGAUCGAUUUUUAGACCAGUGGAUUCAAUAAGAGUCGUCGUCCUCUCUGUAGGUCCAACACUGCCCCUCCUCCCAGUCCCAUCCCCGCCACCAAUGUCCUAAUGUCAUUUACACAGGCCUAAAACGCUUGAACAAACAUCUGUUUUCAAAUGAAAUUCCUGGGAUUUCCAGACUGACAGACAGACAGAUGUCCCUGUGAUAGUAAUGCUCUGUGUCCUCCUGUCCUAGCUGCCUGUCUCUUUCUCUUUAUUGUGACCCUGCAUUUUUCCUGACUGCUUUCAGCAACCAUUAAUUUAUCUGAAAGGCUAAUUUCUAACUACUGAGUGGAUAACUGUUAUUACUGAAAUAGACAGUCCACUUGUAGGAUAUUUAUAGUUUAUACCAGUGAGGGUGGGAUGGUUGUCUGAUCAUAUAUUGUUUGGAGGAGGACUCAUUAUUGGUCUAUGUGGGCUACAAUCCAAUAGGCCUAUGUACUGAUUUCAGGAGUGGAUUUAGCCAAAAAUAACCACUUAGUAUGACUGUCACAUGAAAUUUUGAGUUGCCUGCCAUUUUUAGUUUUGGAGCCCACUGUUAAGUGGCAGAGGUGAGAAAAGGGACCUGUAGUGCCUAAGAUGGUAAAACAUGCGUAGGCUAUAGACUGUGGCAAUAAAUAAAUAAUACACUCAUUUGAAGCAGAAAGCGGUCGGAGAUUAUACUGGUUUAGCAGUCAUGACUUUUGCCAUUAUUUGGAGUCUCAUUCCCAAUCAUCUGUGUUGUAGCUACUGUAGAACAGAAUUAGUGGGAAUCGCAAGGCCGUGGUCGUCUAGCAUAGUAGUGUUGCUAGCUACCUUCUCCUUCCUAUUCCCUCAUCUGCAUUCAGACAGCGCCUCCCCUCCCUCUCAACCACUCUGCUAAAUCUGUCAUGUGAUGGUUUAGUCACCCUGGGGGAUGGGAACAUCAGAAUACACGUGUGCAGAUUCUCACCAUGCACACACUUUAAAUUGCUUAAUCUGUUCCAAUCAAAAAUGAACUUAAUAUUUGGCUGCUGACGCUAUAAUUUGUGCACUGCAAACUAUAGUCUGUGAUGUUGUGAUUAUGAAUCGCCGGCUUUCGGUGUCAAACUGAUAACACAGCAAAAAUUAUUCUGCAGCUUUUGAAAGUUAAUUGCUUUUUGUGAUUUACAAUUUGCUUUCGAUAUGGUAAAUGAACAGGGAAUACAUUUAAUGCUUCUUAAUAAGGCUUUAGCUUACCUAUUUAAUGUUUAUUCACUCAAAACUAAUCAAACAAAACACAGGUGAGUAACCUUUUCUAACCUAUCCAUCAUUGAUAUAUUAACAAUAUUAAAUAACAUGUAACAACGUACAGUCUUAAUCACUAUUGAGAACCCCUCUUUUCCAUUAUUUUAAGGGGUUUUAUUUGCCAGAGUCCCAAACACACUGUGCAACAUGCUGUAUCUUUCCUCUCCCUUUAAUACUGUCCAUAAGUAUUAAUUAGUCCUUCUCCUCUUAUCUUAUAUUUGACCUGGAUGCAGAUAUGUAAGAUUUUAGUGGUUAUCUGUAAACAUUUUGCUUUCAUUUCUUUGCUUAAUCUCUAUAUGACUGCUGUUUUAGUAAGUCAUGGUGACCUUCUUGCCUGAUGCUCUCUCUGAGCCAUGACUACCAACAUUUCGAGCUUGACUCUCGUUACUCAAGUGGAAUUUGGUAUUUACUUUACCUUUCCCUCAGUCCGCUGUGUGUGUUUGUGGCUCUCUAUAACUUUAACGUGUGUGUGUGUGUGUGUGUGUGUGUUGACUUAGUUCUCAGAGAGUAGCCACAACAUUGUUCUCCCAUGCGAUGCCCCUCUCUCUCUCCACCCUCUGCCCCUCUCAGCUGCCAAAACCCUUCAGAUCUUUAACAUUGAGAUGAAGAGCAAGAUGAAGGCUCACACUAUGACGGACGACGUCACCUUCUGGAAGUGGAUCUCCCUCAACACAGUGGCACUUGUGACCGACAACGCCGUCUACCAUUGGAGCAUGGAGGGGGACUCCCAGCCAAUCAAAGUCUUUGACCGGCACUCCAGCCUGGCGGGCUGUCAAAUCAUCAACUACCGUACUGACGCCAAGCAGAAGUGGCUGCUGCUCAUUGGCAUCUCUGCACAGGUUACUGUCUUACACACACACUCAUGCAUAUUCGCGCGCACACACUAUAUUAUAGUUGUAAAAAUGGGGAGAGGUAUGUCGGUGAUAAAGAGAUGCUCUGCUUUUUUGACACCGCACUCCACAAAGCAAGUCCUGCAGGCUCUAGUUUUAGCUUGAUUAUUGCUCAGUCAUAUAGAGUACCACAGUAUGAGUCAUAAUACCCAUUAAAACCUAGCUUUCAAACAAGGACAUGGUUCCAAUCGUUUUUCCACCAUUCAAUUUUUCACAUAGGGGAUUUUAGAAACACUUAGAAUAAGGGCUGUGUUUCGUGUAGGCUUACCCUGGCCUGAUGUUUUGAUAACCGUGUAAAUCUCUCUAGGACAAGGUGACUUUUAUCAAUAUAUUCACCUGUAUUUACCCCCAAAAAUGAAAUGCUAAUGUGGCUAUCAUAAAGAACUACAAAUGCCAUGAUGAUCUGGACGAGACUGCCGAAUCGAGGCAAAGGGAAGAAUCUCUGUAUUAACUAUCUAAUGUUAGCCAAAUUUUGUAAUGAAUACAUUGGCAAAGUUUCUUUAAAUUGACAAUUCUGUGAUCUGUCUUGCGCAAAUUUUAAAUUGACACAAUACCUGUUAGCAAAGGUGUCCGCUAGAGAUGACGUGCAGGGAUUUGUAGUCUUGCAUGAUGUCUACUUUGAUGCUAUUUAGCAUUUUCGAAUCUGAGAGUAAAUAGAGCUAAAUAUAAAGUCACCUUGUCCGAGAGAUUUACAUGGUUAUCAAAACGUCACGCCAUGGUAAGCCUACACGAAACACAGCCCUUAUUUUAAGUGUUUCUAAAAUCCCCUAUGGGAAAAAUGAAUGGUGGAAAAACGAUUGGAACCAUUUCCCUGUUUGACUGCUAGGUUUUAUGGGUAUUAUGAUACCUCCACUCUGAGGCUCUAUGGUCAGGCGCUGCUAAGAAGGACCUAGAAAAACUGCAGCAGGCCUAGAACAAAACUGCACAUCUUGCUCUUCACUGUAAUCAGAGGGCUAAUGUGAGUACUACUAUGCAUGCCAGUCUCUCUUGGCCAAAAGUAGAGGAGAGACUGAAUGCAUCACUUCAUCUUUUUAUAAGAAACAUGGUUGAAAAUUCCAAAUUGUUUGCAAAGUCAACUUCUACACAGCUCUGACACACACCCCACCAGACAUGCCACCAGGGGUCUAUGUGUAUGUACUGAUAUGUAGGCUGUUUGACAUUUUAAAUGUAUGUAGUUCUGUCCUUGAGCUGUUGUCUGUUAAUGUUCUGUAUUAUGUCAUGUUUCAUGUGGACCCCAGUAAGAGUAGCUGCUGCUUUCGUAACAGCUAAUGGGGAUCCUAAUCAAAUACAACAACAAAACUCCAUGACAGUGAAUAUCCCUAAUCACACACGCGGCGUGGCCUUAGUAUGUACCAUAAAACUUGAUCGGCUGACUAGCAGAACAUUGCAUACCCUGUUGCUCUGUAGUUAACGUGUUUGACGUGUUUUCUCUGCUGCAGCAAAACCGUGUGGUGGGUGCCAUGCAGCUGUACUCUGUGGACAGGAAGGUGUCACAGCCCAUCGAGGGCCACGCCGCAGGCUUCGCCCAGUUCAAGAUGGAGGGCAACACAGAGGAGUCCACACUGUUUUGCUUUGCUGUGAGAGGACAGGCCGGGGGAAAGGUAGGACAGGGGAGGAGAAGAGGGAGAAGGGACUGGCAGGUUAAAGGCUAUUGUGGUUGGUGGGUGUAGAUAUUAUAUUUUUCCAUUUUCACUUGACAAUACUCAGCUGGCAUAUCUGGUUUAAAUAACGUAUUUAUAACCAGAUUACAACUAAGUGGUUGAAAUCUGGUUGUAUUUACGUCUUUGCAACCAGUUUUGCCCGCUGGCUAAGCACAUUGUAGAUGACUGUAAAUUACAUUGUUCUCAAUGAUCCCCUCUCUAUUGUAGUUGCACAUCAUUGAGGUGGGCACCCCACCCACAGGGAACCAGCCUUUUCCAAAGAAAGCAGUGGAUGUGUUCUUCCCUCCAGAGGCUCAGAAUGACUUCCCUGUGGCCAUGCAGGUAGAUAAUAGCUAUGGACUGUACUGUAUUUAUCACUGUUAUACCCAUUUCACACUACUGAGCCAUGCCAAGCUGUGCUGCAGUGGCCUGGUUACGGAUUCAACAUAAUUGCAUGCUGGAAAGGAGAAUGUGAAAAAAUAUCAGAUCCGGCACAGUACGGUUCGGGUCGGCACAAUAGUGUGAAAAGGGCAUUAGUGUUAGCCAAUGGCGGCAUGGUAGGUACCUUGGACUGUACUUUUCACUGUUCGCCACUGUUAGCCCAGGACACCCUGACCUUGUUGCUCUGACUGCACAUAGUGGGGAGCGGCGUGCACAUCACUGAUGACCUGAAAUGGUCAAUUCACACAGACUGGGUAGUGAAGAAGGCGCAACAAGCGCCUCUUCAACCUCAGGAGGCUGAAAAAAUGUAGCUUGGCCUCCAAGACCCUUGGCCCCUCACAAACUUCUACAGAUGCACCAUUGAGACUAUCUUGUCGGGCUGAAUCACCGCCUCGUACGGCAAUUGCACCGUUCGCAACCGCAAGGCUCUCCAGAGGGUGGUGCGGUCAGCCCAACGCAUCACCGGGGCACACUUCCGGCCCUCCAGGAUAUCUACAGCACCCGGUGUCACAGGAAGGCCAAGAAGAUCAUCAAGGACCUCAGCCACUGCCUGUUCACUCCACUACCAUCUAGAAGGCGUAGACCGUACAGGUGCAUCAAAGCUGGGACAUAGACACUGAGUGUACAAAACAUCUUUCCAUGACAGACUGACCAGGUGAAUCCAGUUGAAAGCUAGGAUCCCUUAUUGAUGUCACUUGUUAAAUCCACUUCAAUCAGUGUCGAUGAAGGGGAGGAGACAGGUUAGCGAAACAUUUUUAAGCCUUGAGACCCUCUGUAUGUCUGCCAUCCAGAGGGUGAAUGGGCAAGACAAAUUAUUUAAGUGCCUUUGAACGGGGUAUGGUAGUAGGUGCCAGGCGCACCGGUUUGUGUCAAGAACUGCAACGCUACUGGGUUUUUCACGCUCAACAGUUUCCCGUGUGUAUCGAGAAUGGUUCACCACCCAAUUGACAUCCAGCCAACUUGACACAACUGUGGGAAGCAUUGGAGUCAACAUGGGCCAGCAUCCCUGUGGAAUGCUUUCAACACCUUGUAGAGUCACCUUGUGUAUUGUUUUGUAUUGCUAGGUAUUGCUUGACUGUUGGAGCUAGAAACACUUCACCUGCGAUAACAUCUACAAAUAUGUGUACGCAACCAAUACGUUUAGAUUUUGUUUUGAGGUGGCUGUAGAUUAGCACAGGAAUGUAUUAGUACAGGAAGAGUGGAGCUAUAUAUAUCCUUCCUCUUUCAUUUGUCAAUGAAUGAAAGAAACCUAUACUGCCCUUGAAGGAUUUUCUUUCAACCUUAGAUAAUACGUUGCUUUUAAAUUUGUAUACAUUUGGUUUCUCUAAACAAAUGUUUCCGCCUUUUCCUCUCAGAUAAGCUCCAAGCAGGAUGUUGUGUUCCUCAUCACCAAAUAUGGCUACAUCCACCUGUACGACCUGGAGACUGGCACCUGCAUCUACAUGAACAGGAUCAGCGGAGAGACCAUCUUUGUUACGGCCCCACACGAAGCCACCGCCGGCAUCAUUGGGGUCAACAGGAAAGGACAGGUACAGAUACCACCUUGCCCACCCUCCUCUUUACCAACCAACCUCCUUUAUCCACACCUCCUCUACCCCCAUUGGUCUGGGGGGAAAAAGCAGUUUGAAUACAAAUAUGGCCUGAUUGAUUGACUUCAAGAUGUUUAAUGAGUUUCAAGUUUUACAAUGUAAAGAGAACAUUCACCUCAUCCUCCACUAAUGAUUUGAUUAUUUUACAACCCCUCUACUGUGUCAUGUAAUAUAGAGCCUAAUACAUUGUAAUCCAUUCAGCUAGAUGAGGCUAGUUAUAACCCUAGUGUUCCAACUAUUGAUGUGCUCUACUGUAACCCAGCCCAGUACUAUACCACCACUGGUUCAACACUGCUCUGCAUUCCAUACAUUAUACAGCCUAUAAUAUAGUCUCUCUGGGGAUGCCAGGGGAGGCCGGGGCUAUAACACACAUACACCACCGUGAGCUGAUUACUCAAGCGGUACCAUGUAUAAACCCCCCACCACCACAUCUAAGACCCAAUAAGACAAUCAUUACCACGUACCACCCUCUUUCAUAUUUAAUCAUGUUUUCAGGGGUAAGCAACACAGGGAGGUGAAUAGAUGAUAGGUGGACGACUGGCGUUGAGCAAACAGGAUAAAAUAACAAUUCCCCGGCCUGUCGUUGCUGUUGUCAGAGGGCUCAAUCUAAGCCAGGAGCCGUCCGUUGGUUAUAAAUAAUCAAAGGUGUCACUGGUGAACCAGCGAGAGAGCCACUCCCCCUCCAACACACACACCCUCCACUGUGAAGGCAUUACAGCAGGAUAACGGGAUCUGUCUAGCUGAUAUAUGUUCCAGGCAGGCCACAGACCCCAUGUGUUAUUGGGUGGAGGAGGGAAAGCUGAUCUGACACACACACACACACACACACACACACACACACACACACACACACACACACACACACACACACACACACACACAAAAACUGGAGCAUAGAGCACCCAGAGCUAGACAUUGGCUGGGGUUUCUAUAGAGCAGUGAGGUUUGUAUAGAUGAUGGCAUAGAGACACUGGCAGGCUGGGGCUUCUAUACAGUACAAGGGUUGGGCUGCAGCCUCCACUUGACGAGGGCUCAGGUGAAUGAAUGGCAUUGGAAAUAUUUAGGCCUAAUCCUCUCUUCCUGUCAGUGGAAGGUUUGAAAUGAAUUUGCUUCCCUUUGGCUGCCGAAAGAUGUAGCCAAGCUAACUGGAGUUGGAAUGCAACAGCAUAGUAGUCUUGUGUAGUUUGAUUGCUCAUUAGUUGGAAUUAAUUGGAAUAUCUUAAGAGCAUAAUGCCUUGGUAAUAAGGAUGCCUGCUGGCUAAGCAGCUCCCUACAGUGCUUUUUUCUCCAUCAUUGAGUACCACACAGGGAGCUGUGGGGCUCUCCUCUCCUCUUCUGUGUGUGUGGCGUGCGCCGUCUGUCCGUGUCCAAGAUGCUGCGUCUGCACUCUGCAGCCUGUCACUGGCUGACCUUGAGAUGGAGGAAUCCCUGUAAAAAGCUGCACGUGAUGUUGAGUGGGAGGCACCAAUCCUCUUACUACUGGCUGGGAGGAGAGGCUCUCUGUCAGCCAAUCACAGCCCCUCGAGUCACCCCGCAUCACAGGACUCUGUGACGUCAGCUCUGCAGUCAGUUACAACUGUGUGUGUGAUUCAGGGCCAGUAUAACACCGAUACUACGGCUCAUCUCAUUGGCAUCGCAGUGUCUGAUAGGUCUAUUUUGUAGAUGUUAUUAUGUGGUUGUCCUAAUUAUAUAAAAAGUGUUUUUUAUAUUUUUGAAGAUUUGGUGACUUUCACUCUGUCAGAACCAGUUGUGGAUGGUAGUGGAUGUCUCUCUCUCUCUCUGCCUCUAGGUCACUCUCUCUGCAGCCUCCCCCCUCCCCUACACACACACACACACACACACACACACACACACACACACACACUCUGUGGUAGAGAGGGCGCAUCUACACUAAGAGCUCUAUUUCUUACCCCUCUUUUCUUUCCCUCCAUCCCUCCCACCCUUUAUUGACCCUCCCAUAUUAUUAGGGGAUGUGGUCUCUGACCCUUCCUCUCUGAGUGAAGGGGAGAAUGAGGUUCAGUCAUGCCUGUUAACAGCUGUGGCAGUGGCCUGCUGGGCUUAUCGUGGGGCCCCUCUCCUCUCCCCUAGUCCCCCCUAUAGAACCUCUCUCCCUCCCGCCCCACCAGAGGCACACCAUACACUGACACACUAAUGUAUUUACCAUCAUUACCAUACCAGCCCUAACCCACGGCCUGGCUCAAUGCCCCCAGAACAAGUUAUAGCGUUUAGCCUAAUAUGCCCUGAUUGCCCUCAACGUAUUUCAAUUCUGUUUUAUCUCCAUGCUCAUAGAAGUAAAAUGGUGUGUGCUUGAAUGUGCAUGCCGAAUAUACAUUUACAUUUUAGUUAUUUAGCAGACGCUCUUAUCCAGAGCGACUUACAGUUAGUGAAUGCAUACAUUUUCAUACUUGUAUAUAUGCGAUGCAGCGGAGUCUAUGGUGCACUAUGCAGUGACGCUGAUGGCUUUUGACAGGCCCAGAAUCGGCUGCCUGUUAGACCACUACAGACUGAGGCUGUUUCAGAGUGGUCCAUUCAGGGCUCUUGUUAUACGUUUGCCCCCCACCUCCCUCCCUCUGAUCUCACUGUCCUUAUCCCCUCUGGUUGGUUGCUUGUCAUCUGGAGGAUUCUUUAAACAAUGUGGCCAGCUGGUGCCUAACUGGGUUGGUGCAGGAGAAGUACAAAGAGUGAACAAACGAACGGUUAGCUAGCAUCCGUCUCUCCGGCAGAAAGCAGACACCCCUCUUUCUCCCUCCCUCACUUCCACACAUGGCUGUGUCCUUUGUUCACUUGUGACGUUGUAGCUUGGAUUGCCUCUGGCCUGCCAUUCACUGUCCUGUCUGUCAGUUACCUGAUCUGGAGCAUACGCUUUCAUCUCAACAUGUCUGUCAAUGGAACCAGUGUGUAAGAACAGAGGCCAAUGUAGCUAGAUAGUAGAUACAGCCCCCUUUGAACAAGUUAGAGCAAUAAACACCCACUGUGUCCCCCUCUCUCUCCCCCCGUGUCCCCCUCUCUCUCCCCCCGUGUCCCCCUCUCUCUCCCCCCGUGUCCCCCUCUCUCUCCCCCCCGUGUCCCCUCUCUCUCUCCCCCCCCGUGUCCCUCUCUCUCUCCCCCCGUGUCCCCUCUCUCUCUCCCCCCGUGUCCCUCUCUCUCUCCCCCCGUGUCCCUCUCUCUCUCCCCCCCGUGUCCCGCUCUCUCUCCCCCCCCGUCGCUCUCUCUCUCCCCCCUCCCUCUCUCCCCCCGUCUCUCUCGCUCUCUCUCCCCCCGUCUCUCUCUCUCGCUCUCUCUCCCCCCGUCUCUCUCUCUCGCUCUCUCUCCCCCGUCUCUCUCUCUCGCCUCUCUCCCCUCCUUCUCUCCCCGUCUCUCCUCUCCUCCUCUCUCCCCCGUCUCUCUCUCUCCUCUCUCUCUCCCCCCUCUCUCUCUCCGCUCUCUCCCCCUCUCUCUCUCUCGCUUCUCCCCCCGUCUCUCUCCUCGCUCUCCCUCUCCUCCCCCCCCGUCUCUCUCGCCUCCCCCUCUCCUCGUUCUCCCCCCCCGUCUCUCUCGCUCUCUCGUCUCCCCCCCCCUCCCUCUCCCCCCUCUCUCUCGCUCUCCUCCCCCCCCCCGUCUCUCUCGCUCUCCUCUCCCCCCCCGUCUCUCGCUCUCCCCCCCGCUCUCUCGCUCUCUCUCCCCCGCCCUUCUCUCUCCCUCUCUCUCGCUCUCCCCCCCCCCCGUCUCUCUCUCCUCUCGCUCUCUCUUCCCCCCGUCUCUCUCGCUCUCUCUUCCCCCCGUCUCUCUCGCUCUCUCUCCCCCCCGUCUCUCUCGCUCUCUCUCCCCCCCGUCUCUCGCUCUCUCCUCUCCCCCGUCUCUCUCUCUCUCGCUCUCUCUCUCCCUGUGUCUCCAGGUCCUGUCAGUGUGUGUGGAGGAGGAGAACAUCAUCCCCUACAUCACCAAUGUGCUGCAGAACCCAGACCUGGCCCUGCGCAUGGCCGUCCGUAACAACCUGGCCGGGGCCGAGGAGCUGUUCGCACGCAAGUUCAACAACCUGUUCGCUGGGGGAAACUACUCUGAGGCUGCCAAGGUGGCCGCCAAUGCACCAAAGGUAACUAACACAUCAACGGUACAAGGUCUAACUUUCCUCCAGGGGGGAGCUGAUCACAUCACUGUGAUGUAAUGGAAGAAAGUAACUGUCCAGUUUUUCCAGAUUACUAUGAAAUAUGACCCUGAAUGAAUUACAAUGAGUGAAGUAUGUUUGAAUGGUGUGGGCGUAUCCAGUAAACAGCUGAUUGACCACCUCAGCCAAUGAGCCGACGUGAAGUCACAUUAUACGAGGAAAUGACAAGCAUUUUUGAAACGGUCUGUUUGAGAAACAAGUUUGAGGUGGGUUUUUGAAGUGUUUUAUUAAAGUAAUAUAUAUAUAUGCGCGUGCGCGCUUUGGCCACAUGAGUAUAUUUUAAAAGUGAGAUUUUCACUGGACAGUUACUUUAAAGUGUGAUAUCUACCUCUUUCCAACCAAAGUGCAUUUCCUUCUGUUUGUUAUUUUCUUGUAAUGUCAAUACACUACAAAAGUGAAUAAUGGGUCACGUGAUCACUAUAGUGUAGAUAUGCAAAUCAGACUGUUCUGAUGAUGUUACUAUGUACAAUAUGUUGCUAGCAAAACCCUCUCUAAAACGUAUAUCAGCAGGAUCUCUGUGUGUAUAUAAACUGCAGUGGACCCCUCCACCCCUCUCCACUCUCUCCUCCAGGGUAUCCUGCGUACUCCAGACACCAUCCGUAAGUUCCAGAGCGUGCCGGCCCAGCCGGGCCAGACCUCUCCCCUGCUGCAGUACUUUGGCAUCCUGCUGGACCAGGGCCAGCUCAACAAGUUUGAGUCUCUGGAGCUCUGCAGGCCCGUCCUACAGCAGGGACGCAAGCAGCUGCUGGAGAAGUGGCUGAAAGAGGACAAGGUGUGUGGGUGUCUGUCUCAGAUAGAGAGGGGGAGAGCUGGGUAUCUGACCCUCCAUAGGAAGAGGGCUUUCCUAAGCUGUGUGUGUCUGUCCAUGUUCAUAUCUCCCCAGUCACCUGGGUUGUUAGUCCUUUCUAAGAUGUGAGGCAAUCUGUUUGUUAUGCUGAGCAUUUAAAUUGUUUUUUGCCCCUCCUUCAAACCAUGCUUGGCAAUAUUGGCGUCUCCUUUGUCACUCUCAAUGUUUCCCCCUAUAGCUUUCUGCUUCACACUAAUUGUGAAUAUUAAAAUGUGUUAACCCAACACCUGAUAGUGAUUACGCACAUUCCAAACAUAAUGUUUCAGUAGGGUCUUUUACCUGUAGGGUAGUUGUGGUGAAACUAACUUUGUCUCUUAUUAGCUGGAGUGUUCUGAGGAGCUGGGGGACCUGGUGAAGUCAGUGGACCCAACCCUGGCUCUCUCUGUCUACCUGAGGGCCAACGUACCCAACAAGGUCAUCCAGUGCUUCGCUGAGACCGGACAGUUCCCCAAGAUAGUCCUGUACGCCAAGAAAGUACGUUGUCACUCUGAGAUGAAGCUCUGUUGAUGUUCUUGUUUCCUUUCUUUGGUUUGGUUUCCUCAUGACACAGUUGAAGAAGUGGGUGAGCUGUAUCUUAGUAUCCCAAGGGGGGCUUUAGAAUGGGGCUGUGUCUAUUGGGGCCAAAUGGGGUUUGCAAGGAGGGUUUUAGCAUUUGUUAGCUAGAUGUGUGAAUGGAAAGUAUGUUGUCAUAUGACAAUGAAAGGGUGUUUUUUGAGGGGAUAGAUUAAAAAGUUAGUUUUUUAAAAAGUUUUAAAUUUUUUAGAAAGCAAUUAAAGUUAAAAAUAAAUAAAAUAUGUAAUAUUACAAAUAUGCACGUUGAGGAGCAGAAUGGUGCAUUGGUACUUGUAUGUGGUUGUAACUGUUGCUCUUCCUGUGUCUGUAGGUGGGCUACACUCCAGACUGGAUAUUCCUGCUGAGGAAUGUGAUGAGGAUCAGUCCAGAACAGGGCCUGCAGUUCUCCCAGAUGCUGGUCCAGGAUGAGGAGCCUCUGGCUGACAUCACACAGGUUGGUGGGAGGGAUGGAGGGAGAGAGCUGGAGGGAGAGAGCUGGAGGGAGAGAGCUGGAGGGAGAGAGCUGGAGGGAGAGAGCUGGAGGGAGAGAGUGAGAGUGGGAGGGAUGGAGGGAGAGUGGGAGGGAUGGAGGGAGAGAGUGGGAGGGAUGGAGGGAGAGUGGGAGGGGAGGAUGAGUGGAAAGGAGGGAGAGGGGAGGGAGAGAGUGGCAGGAUGGGAGAGGUGGAGGACGAACAGAGAAGGGAGAGAUGAGAAGGGGGAGGAAGGCUUAGGAUAGAGGGAGAUCGAGAGAUGGGAUGAGGCCCCUAGACUAGAGCAUUCUAUCUCUCAUCUACAGUUGAAGUCGGAAGUUUACAUACACUUAGGUUGGAGUCAUUAAAACUCGUUUUUCAACCACUCCACAAAUGUCUUGUUAACAAACUAUAGUUUUGGCAAGUCGGUUAGGACAUCUACUUUCCCAACAAUUGUUUACAGACAGAUUAUUUAAUUUAUAAUUCACUGUAUCACAAUUCCAGUGGGUUAGAAGUUUACAUACACUAAGUUGACUGUGCCUUUAAACAGCUUGGAAAAGUCCAGAAAAUGAUGUCAUGGCUUUAGAAGCUUCUGAUAGGCUAAUUGACAUAAUCUGAGUCAAUUGGAGGUGUACCUGUGGAUGUAUUUCAAGGACUACCUUCAAACUCAGUGCCUCUUUGCUUGACAUCAUGGGAAAGUCUAAAGAAAUCUGCCAAGACCUCAGAAAAGAAAUUGUAGACCUCCACAAGUCUGGUUCAUCCUUGGGAGCAAUUUCCAAACGCCUGAAGGUACCACGUUCAUCUGUACAAACAAUAGUACGCAAGUAUAAACACCAUGGGACCACGCAGCUGUCAUACCACUCAGGAAGGAGACGCGUUCUGUCUCCUAGAGAUGAACAUACUUUAGUGCGAAAAGUGCAAAUCAAUCCCAGAACAACAGCAAAGGACCUUGUGAAGAUGCUGGAGGAAACAGGUACAAAAGUAUCUAUAUCCACAGUAAAACAAGUCCUAUAUCGACAUAAACUGAAAGGCCGCUCAGCAAGGAAGAAGCCACUGCUCCAAAAGCACCAUAAAAAAGCCAGACUACUGUUUGCAACUGCACAUGGGGACAAAGAUCUUACUUUUUGGAGAAAUGUCCUCUGGUCUGAUGAAACAAAAAUAGAACUGUUUGGCCAUAAUGACCAUCGUUAUGUUUGGAGGAAAAAGGGGCAUGCUUGCAAGCCGAAGAACACCAUCCCAACCGUGAAGCACAGGGGUGGCAGCAUCAUGCUGUGGGGGUGCUUUGCUGCAGGAGGGACUGGUGCACUUCACAAAAUAGAUGGCAUCAUGAGGAAGGUAAAUUAUGUGGAUAUAUUGAAGCAACAUCUCAAGACAUCAGUCAGGAAGUUAAAGCUUGGUCGCAAAUGGGUCUUCCAAAUGGACAAUGACCCCAAGCAAACUUCCAAAGUUGUAGCAAAAUGGCUUAAGGACAACAAAGUCAAGGUAUUGGAGUGGCCAUCACAAAGCCCUGACCUCAAUCCUAUAGAACAUUUGUGGGCAGAACUGACAAAGCGUGUGCGAGCAAGGAGGCCUACAAACCUGACUCAAUUACACCAGCUCUGUCAGGAGGAAUGGGCCAAAAUUCACCCAACUUAUUGUGGGAAGCUUGUGGAAGGCUACCCGAAACGUUUGACCCAAGUUAAACAAUUUGAAGGCAAUGCUACCAAAAACUAGUUGAGUGUAUGUAAACUACUGACCAACUGGGAAUGUGAUGAAAUAAAUAAAAGCUGAAAUAAAUCAUUCUCUCUACUAUUAUUCUGACAUUUCACAUUCUUAAAAUAAAGUGGUGAUCCUAAUUGACCUAAGACAGGGAAUUUGUACUAGGAUUAAAUGUCAGGAAUUGUGAAAAACUGAGUUUAAAUGUAUUUGGCUAAGGUGUAUGUAAACUUCCGACUUCAACUGUACGUAAUUUACACUCCACUACUAUAUUCCUCCUGUGUGGGCUUGACAGGACUGUCUGCCCUGAACUGUCAUUGCUCUGAUCAGACCUGGGUCAAAUACAUGUCAUAUAUUGAUUUAGUUUGCCUGGUACAAUUGAACUAAUCGAAUAGCCUCAAUAUUGAAAGCUCAACCAAGUGCGUUUUAAAUACCAGGAGUGUGCGUUAAUGCAGAAUUCUGUGUUUUUCAUACACACAAAAAAAGAUUAAACGCAUAAGGAAUAUCUUGCUGCAUUUUGGAAAAGAAGAUCUAAAAUGCUUCUUAAUGUAAUUUCUGCUUGGCAUCAGACUAAUUUUGUGCUUCAGUUGGACUUCUCCACUCAGAUGAGAAUUGACUAACGGGCAUUCUAUCAGCAGACAACCCUCUGACUGUGUAGCUACUUUUCUCAGGUACUUUUCUCAGUGUUUCUCCUGUAAAAUGCAAGAUUAACUUCAAGCAAAACAUUGGGAAAUGCAGUUGGCUAAAUUUUUUCGAUGAUAAGCAUUAGAAAUAUGAUAGCCAUGCACCAUUUACUAGUGUGGCUGCUAGCCAAAUAGCGUUGCACUUCUGUUGUCAUCUGAUGAAAAUAAAGCUAUUUUCUGCCGAAUGUGUUGCCCUAAUGUAUUUUCUGUGAAGGAAAACUAUAGUUGCACGCCCCUGAUCACUCUAUUGAAGAAGGAAAAAAAACGGACUUACAAUAUAAAACGCAGGUGAAAUGGUUUAGAACGCAGAUAUUUUGCGUUUUGAAAAUGCUGAUUUCUGAACUCUAAUGCGACCCCUGAAUACUAACUGUGUGUAUUGGCUGUCUUAUGUUGACAGUUGUUCCUUUCUUUCUCUCUGGCCCCUGUCUGUUCAGAUCGUGGAUGUGUUUAUGGAGUAUAACCUGAUCCAGCAGUGUACCUCCUUCCUAUUGGACGCCCUGAAAAACAACAGGCCUUCUGAGGGGCCGCUGCAGACACGCCUCCUGGAGAUGAACCUCAUGCACGCCCCACAGGUACACACACACACACACACACACACACACAGAGAGCUUACAUUUUGAGAAUAUGCCAAUUUAAUAUUUGGUUGCUCUCAAAGCAAACGUGACUAUAAGUGACAUUAACACUAACACUGUUCUAUGCUUAUCCUUCUCUGAAGGUUGCUGAUGCCAUCCUGGGCAACCAGAUGUUCACCAACUACGACCGUGCCCACAUAGCCCAGCUGUGUGAGAAGGCUGGCCUGCUGCAGAGGGCACUGGAGCACUACACCGACCUGUACGACAUCAAACGGGCCGUGGUGCACACACACCUGCUCAACCCAGAGGUAGGAACCCUUUAAACACUAGAGGAACCCUCCUCAAAUCCCCCUAUGACAGUAGUACUCAGGCCACUCCCCUCUCAUAUGUGCCAGCUAGUGUGUGAAAAAACAACCACAUCAGCUAAGCUAACAUAUGGAAAUGUUUUAAUAUGGUCAUACCAAAAAUCUAUUAACUAUUUUGAUUUUGAAUUUUAGGACCCCUGUACGUAUAGAAAAAUACAUUUAUUUGAUGAAAGAUUGAAUUUGGCCUUACCUGCUAUUAGCCCAUAGAAACGCAUUGAAUACCAGAUUCAUACAUGGUAAAACAGAUAAGAAAGCACUGGAAAUUAUUAUUUUUGCUACCCAUAUUUAACCCCCCUUUUCUUUUGUUGCACUAAAGUAUUUCCAUAUAUACUGUACUUCCAUAAAAUGUUUUAACUGGUACUGGGCUAUGUUCAGAUGAGUCCUGUGACGCUUGGGGUCGUAGAGCAAAACUGAUCAAAAGAGGGGUCAUAUUAGUUUGUAGCCCAAACCGAACCCUAGCUAGAUGAACAUGACUGUCAAGUAUUUCCUCAUGAUACUAUCUAUCUCUCUCUCUCUCUCUCUCUCUCUUCCCCAAAGGGGCUUUGUUUUGCCAGUAAUCAAACAUUAACAGUAAACAUUAUAUACACAAACGUUUUAAAAUAAUAACAUGUUAUAUUAUAAGCAUUUAAAAUGUUAUGUUUUAUAAUUAGCUAUGUACAAGGUUGUAACAAUGUGCAAAUAGUAGAAGGUGUGAAUGGCAAAGGGAAAAUAAAUAAAUAGUAUUUCUCUCCCCUUAGUGGCUGGUGAACUUCUUUGGCUCCCUCUCAGUUGAGGACUCUCUGGAGUGCCUGAGGGCCAUGUUGUCUGCCAACAUCCGUCAGAACCUGCAGAUCUGUGUCCAGGUGGCCUCCAAGUACCACGAGCAGCUCUCCACCAACUCUCUAACCGAGCUCUUCGAGUCCUUCAAGAGCUUUGAGGGUGAGACACACAGCCACACAAUUUUACACUUAUGCUUCAUAGAUCACUCUCUCUUCUAGCCCCAUGCCCUGCAAUCAGCUAAGUAGGCCAGAGGCAGCAGGAUGGUGGAUAGGCUCUGUAGAAUGGCCUGGAGUGGAGGGGUGGCCACUAGGACAGGCUGCUGGACCUCUUUAGGCCCAGGGUAGACUAGAUAGGAGGUGGCCAAUCAUAAUGGAGCUACAGCUCAAUAAACUAAGUGAGAGAGAGACACUGUUUUCAAUUGUCCAAAUGACUCUUGCAAAACAAACAUAGUGAGAAGUGUCUGUGAUAUUGGCAAUUUGCAAUGUCAGUAAGGGGACAGAGAAGCACAAGCGAUUUCUUGUUUUAUCAGCUAAUUCUCCAAGACUGUUUAGUUAUUCUAGCCUGAAAUGUGUUGUACAUUUAAUUAAACCAGGGGUGAUGAGAUUGCAACAGUAGUUGUCUGCUCCGGUCUCUUGGGGUGCAGUAGCCAGCCAACUUAUCAUAACAACUGUUCUAUUUUCCCGCCAAUGGUGCACCAUUGAACUUGACUGGAAGUCCUGACAUGUUAGACUGGCAUGGUGUCUGGUACUGUAUUUCCUCAUGACUAACAUUGUCUCCAUGGUGAUGCUUUGUCCCAGGUCUGUUCUACUUCCUGGGUUCCAUUGUUAACUUCAGCCAGGACCCAGAGGUUCACUUCAAGUACAUCCAGGCAGCCUGCAAGACGGGACAGAUCAAAGAGGUGGAGAGGAUCUGCAGAGAGAGCAACUGCUACGAUCCAGAACGAGUCAAGAACUUCCUCAAGGUAAAAGCUGGAGGGAGACGGGGAGAAGGUAUAUAGAGGGAGAUGAAAUGCAAUGGACUAAACAUACUCUUCUUUUUGUUUAGCUUUUCUCUCCUUUCUUUAGUUUAACUUUAUUAUAUUCUCUUUCAUUCUCACACUCGUCUGUUCUUGUGUGUUCAAUCGGUCCAUCUCAUGUCUGCCCUUAUCAUUCUCUGUUGGUGAAAUGAAAUUAUGACAUGGUUUUAAUUUUGAAAUGAUAUUGAAAUUAAAUUACAAAAUUGGACCUUCCAUCUGAACUUCUGUCUAUCCUAUGAAUACAUAUAUCGGCCUGCUAAAUGAGAACCUGUUCUCAACUAGCUUACCUGGUUAAAUAAAGGUGAAAUAAAAAAAAUUAAAAAAAUUCGUGAAAAACUUUUAUUUUGCCGUCAUUGGUAAGAAGUUGUUCCUCAAUCGUGAACUCAAUGUUCCUGAUGGCAGUUAUCUCUUGUGCUUUUCCCUGUUGUCUGUGGAAUGGCAGGACAUGUACCAGGUAAAUCUAUCCCCAAGUACAGGACUCCCUCCCUCUUUAGUUUCACCGCCACCCCUGACUUACUUCUAGAGAUACAGGAUUAAACCUGGGAUUUGUAUGAUGAGUACAAUGACACAACCCGUUGCUGUACCCAAAAACCAUACAUCCAUGAUGGGGUGCACCAAACUCUAGUCUGUCUAUGUUCAAACAAGUCCAAAACCUGUAGUUUGACAGUUAGCUGAGCUACUAGCAACAGGGUGUUGUGAGUGUUCUUCUGUUUUGGAUUCGUAACUGUGCAUAUAGCUAGCUGGUAUCUGGUAUUGUAGUUCUGUUAUCCGAAUGUAAGGUCUAUCCAGCACAAAUGGACUCAAGUAAACAUGGCUAUUGUGGUGUAUUUAAAUUAGUUUUCCUAUGUGGAUGGAUUCAGAAACGAAAUGCACGUCAUCCAGAUGACCUGGUAUGCCCACAUACUAUAUCAGUCUUCCAGGCUGUACAAGAGGAGUCAAUGGGCCUCAUCAUACUCUGAAUCCCAAAUAGCACCUUAUGCCCUACAUAGUGCAUGGGCCCUGGUCAACAGUAGUGCACUAUGUAGGGAAUAGGGUGCCAUUUGGGACGCAGAAUAUAGUUAAAAAAACAUGCUAUAGCUAUAGGUAGCUUAGUGGUUAAGAGCGUUGUGCCAGUAACCGAAAGGUCGCUGGUUCUAAUCCCCAAGCCGACUAGGUGAAAAAUCUGUCGAUGUGCCCUUGAGCAAGGCACUUAACCCUGAUUGCUCCUGUAUGUCGCUCUGGAUAAGAGCGUCUGCUAAAUGACUAAAAUGUAAUGUAAAUGUAGAUGUCUUUAUGUCCAUUAUUUUUGGUGGCAGACCCUUUGAGUGCUCUACAGGGCUGUGAGGUACUCAAUCCCAGUGUAUUAAUCCUGUAGGAGUGUUGAUGGCAGUCACCCGGUGAUCACACACACAUAACACGCACAGGAAACACACGCACUGUGUGGAGGGUCUGCUGUUGUGUGCUCCAGUGAUGGUGUGUAGUGGGAGUGUGUGACAGUACCUCUAUAGUACCUGCAGAGGGAGACCUACGUCAGUGUGUGAGUGAGCCAGCUGCACUUGGCUUGGAUCCUUUUCUUCUCCUUUCUCUCUCUCUCCCUCACGUUCUCUUUCUUUCUCUGUCCACUCAGUCCAUACUAGUAAACAAAAUGUUUUCAAUACCUAACCAUCUUCUAACCUCGUAAAACGUGACUCCUCCCAUUUGUCGUCGUAGUUGAAAAAAAAAAUUUGUUUUUGUUUUCCUUUAUAUUGUGACAUUUUCGAAUCACUUGAGCAAGAUCGUUAAACUGGAAAAUGAAAUCCCAAUUUCAUAUUCAGUGAUUCUAAUAUUUAUUUUGUCAUUGUAGAUUAGUGGUUGUAUGAGCCCAACAACAUUACGGUCAAACCUCUAGCUCUCAUUUGAACCUUUUUUAACUACUUGCUCAAUUUUGAGCUACUUUCUUAAAAACAUCUAACAUACAAACAACAAAAAACACCCCAAGCUUUAACACUUGCCAUUGCGAUCAGUGGUUAAAGCCCAACCUUUACAUGUCAGGUUUGGCUGUGAUCAUUGGUGGGCUCUGAUCAGAUGUUCCAUCUCAUAACAAUGAUGUUCCGCUAACCUUGGCCCCUCCCCCUGCUCUGUGAUUGGACAGGAGGCCAAGCUGACCGACCAGCUCCCACUCAUCAUUGUGUGUGACCGCUUCGACUUUGUCCACGACCUGGUCCUCUACCUGUACCGUAACAACCUGCAAAAAUACAUUGAGAUCUAUGUGCAGAAAGUAAGUGAACGUGGUCAAACAAACACUGUCAAGCAUCCUAAUUGACAAAAUAUACAAACUAAGCAAGAUAUUCUCACUGAGUUUCAUGUCCACCUAAACUAGCGCAGACUCAAGAAUAAUGGCCCCACAGUCAUAAUAGUGUCCAGGAAUAUUGACGUGUGUGUUAGGUGAACCCCAGCCGUCUGCCAGUGGUGAUAGGAGGGCUUCUGGACGUGGACUGUUCUGAGGACGUCAUUAAGAGUCUGAUCCUGGUGGUCAGAGGACAGUUCUCCACUGACGAACUGGUGGCUGAGGUGGAGAAGAGGAACAGGUACAACACAAACCCAACCCCUUUUCAUCAGAUGGCAGAAAGAAACUACUAGUUAGAGGGGUUCAUUGUAGUUGAUAGUAGCUAGUAUAUCACUCCAACCUAUUUAAACACCAUGGUAUCAAGAACAAAAGUAGUACGAAGAGACUUUACUGUAGCCUUUACCUAGUCUUUUGUAUAGUAACUGUAAUAUCAGCAUCCGUAGUAGUCAGCAGGCUCAUCUCCCUCUCUUUUUUUUCUCCCUCUCCUCAGACUGAAGCUUCUCCUGCCCUGGCUGGAGGCCCGUAUCCAUGAGGGCUGUGAGGAGCCCGCUACCCACAAUGCCCUGGCCAAGAUCUACAUCGACAGCAACAACAACCCUGAGCGCUUCCUGCGCGAGAACCCCUACUACGACAGCCGCGUGGUGGGCAAGUACUGCGAGAAGAGGGACCCUCACCUGGCCUGCGUUGCCUACGAGAGAGGACAGUGUGACCAGGAACUCAUCAACGUCAGUAGCUGCUUCUUCUCUCCUUCCUCUUCUUUUUCUUAUAGGAAGUCGUUUCAUAUAGGUUAGAAUAUAGGUCUAACUAAAACAUAUCAGUGUAAAUUUAAAUUCUCUGCAUUGCUAUGCAUUAAUAUUAACUGACAUUCUUACCGCAAUAAUGGGAAUAGCCUACAUAUGUUAUAUUAUUUCAGAAUGUGAGGUGAGAGUAGUGGAGUAACUUUGUUUUCUCUCAGGUGUGCAAUGAGAACUCCCUGUUCAAGAGUCUGUCUCGCUACCUGGUACGUCGCAGGGACCCUGACCUGUGGGCCAGCGUGCUGCUGGAGACCAACCCCUUCAGAAGACAACUCAUCGACCAGGUAGGUGGUCCCCAUACACACCAGUCUGGACCAGCUCUGAACCAGUAUUGGGAUCAAUUCCAUUUUCAAUUCAGGCAAUCUUCAAUAAAGGUUUUUCAAUUCAUUAACAAACUAAUUGAGCUGCUGGAGAUGAUCGUACUGGAUAACUCAGCCUUCAGUGAACCUUCUGAAUUGACACAAACUCUGCUCUGAACAAUAGCUGAGUUGGAGAUUCGUGCAUCUCCUCAUGACCCUGUCUAAAUCUUUUUCCCUCCCUGUCAGGUGGUGCAGACAGCCCUGUCUGAGACCCAGGACCCAGAGGAGGUGUCAGUCACAGUCAAGGCCUUCAUGACUGCAGACCUGCCUAACGAACUCAUUGAGCUGCUGGAGAAGAUCGUACUGGAUAACUCCGUCUUCAGUGAACACAGGUAACAGAGCUACUAGAGCUCUGAUAGCUGUGCUCACUGUAGGCUGGGCUGUCCAUGGUGUGUCUUCUCUCUCGUUCACUUCCGCCAUCUUUUUUUCAUACUGUUCCAAAUCAAUCAAAUCAAACAUUUAAAAUGCAUUUAAAAUCGCAACACACUCUACAGUAAAUGUAAAGUGAACUUUACAAGAAAGUCAACUUACACAUACAGUUGUAAACUUAACAAAGCUUUACACAUACAGUUGUAAACUUAACAAAGCUUUACACAUACAAUUGCUGAGCCUUACACCUUGAUUUCCAGGAUGGUUUGUGAUUAUUUGGUGUUAAGGGUCGAUGCUGAGGGUUGUUUAUUUAUUCAGAAACCUGCAGAACCUGCUGAUCCUGACGGCCAUCAAGGCGGACCGGACCCGUGUGAUGGAGUACAUCAACCGCCUGGACAACUAUGAUGCCCCAGACAUCGCCAACAUCGCCAUCAGCAACGAGCUCUUCGAGGAGGCCUUUGCCAUCUUCAGGAAGUUUGACGUCAACACCUCCGCCGUGCAGGUGAGAUGAACCCUGACCCCCCCCUCCAUUCCCCUUCUUCUUACCUUCAACAUGAUUGAUACACAGCGUCUGACUUCCUGUCAGGGUAUGAUGUUGACUCCCCUGUUGUCUCUUCUCCCCAGGUUCUCAUUGAGCACAUUGGGAACCUGGACCGGGCCUAUGAGUUUGCCGAGCGCUGCAACGAGCCGGCCGUGUGGAGCCAGCUGGCCAAGGCUCAGCUGCAGAAGGGCCUGGUCAAGGAGGCCAUCGACUCCUACAUCAAGGCUGACGACCCCUCUGCCUACAUGGAGGUGGUACAGGCCGCCGACCAGAGUGGUAAAGAUGGUGGGGCAGGCUAUAGCUGGGAUAGGGGGUGGCAGGGUGGGCUGAAUGGGUAAAAUCUCCCAAUGUCAGUGAAUACAUGUCCUCAGUCUGGAAAAUGUCCAGCUGUUUUUGGUGACUUUCUGUAAUCAUCAGCGGCUCACUGAAUGACCUCAGGAUUUAAGGUACUGUAACCUCCCAGCCUCUCUUAGCUGACUAUAAUGGCUGUUCUGGUGUAUGUCUGUGUCAGGUAACUGGGAGGACCUGGUGAAGUUCCUUCAGAUGGCUCGUAAGAAGGCCCGGGAGUCCUAUGUGGAGACAGAGCUCAUCUUUGCCCUGGCCAAGACCAACCGCCUGGCUGAGCUGGAGGAGUUCAUCAACGGACCCAACAACGCCCACAUCCAACAGGUACCGUUACUGUAGUCCAGACUGAUGUAUUAAACAGUACAGGUUAUUGUAUUCUAAGUCAAUGAGAAAUAUAAACAGUUCACCAGGAAUUCUAAUACCCUAACCAGGAACUGAUUUUCUAUGUUGUCCCAAACAACUCCCUAUGUAAGACAUUGAUUGACAUUCAUACGCUUUCCCUCUCACAACGAAGGUCGGCGACCGCUGUUACGAUGAGAAAAUGUACGACGCGGCCAAGUUACUGUACAACAACGUGUCCAACUUCGGCCGCCUUGCGUCCACCCUGGUGCACCUCGGGGAGUACCAGGCGGCGGUGGACGGGGCCCGCAAGGCCAACAGCACUAGGACCUGGAAGGAGGUGUGCUUCGCCUGCGUGGAUGGAAAGGAGUUCCGGCUGGCCCAGAUGUGUGGCCUCCACAUCGUGGUGCAUGCUGACGAACUGGAGGAGCUUAUCAACUACUACCAGGUAAGACUGAUACACACACACACACACAGCCCACUCUGUCUCGAUGCACCUUAUCCUCCUUGCUGCUAGACGCUGGCACAGUUGUUUGUAUGAAAUGUGUCUUUUCACUCUAGUCAACAUGAAAAGUUCUUAUUUCGUCCUCCUCUCUCCACACUCUUGUUUGGCAAUCACAUUUGGUGCUUUAGAACCCCUCAAUGCUUUACCACUACAAACCGAUGCCUACAUGACCACCUUUAACCACUUGUCUCUCUACUUGUCUGUGUUCAGGACCGUGCUUACUUUGAGGAGCUGAUCACCAUGCUGGAGGCAGCCCUGGGGCUGGAGCGGGCUCACAUGGGCAUGUUCACCGAGCUGGCCAUCCUCUACUCCAAGUUCAAACCCCAGAAGAUGAGGGAGCACCUGGAGCUCUUCUGGUCCAGAGUCAACAUUCCAAAGGUUCUGAGGGCGGCAGAGCAGGCCCACCUGUGGGCGGAGCUGGUGUUCCUGUACGAUAAGUACGAGGAGUUUGACAACGCCAUCAUCACCAUGAUGAACCACCCCACCGACGCCUGGAAGGAGGGCCAGUUCAAAGACAUCAUCACCAAGGUAACCCAAUCAGUAACAUUUAUAUAUCUAUAAUGACAUCAUCACCAAGGUAGCAGUCAUUGCUGUAUAUGAUCUAUUAUGACAAAGCUCGAUGUGAUAUUGUUAAGUGUAUAUUUAAAGUACAUUGAAACAUCUCAAUACACUUUACAAUUAUAAUACAUUACAAUAUCUCUCCCUUUAUCCCUUUCCUGUCACUGUGUGUAGGUGGCCAACGUGGAGCUGUAUUACAAAGCAACUCAGUUCUAUUUGGAGUUCAAGCCGUUGUUACUGAAUGACCUGCUCAUAGUGCUAUCCCCCAGACUGGACCACUCCCGUGCUGUCAACUUCUUCAGCAAGGUGAGACAAGCUCUCUGUCCCCUCCUAUCUGGCAACACAGGAAACUGAAGCAUUGUGACACCUGUUGUAGCAGUUGCUCUAAGACUGUGAAAUGUGUAUUUGUAUGUACAGUACAGUGCACUCUGCUUAUAAUGAAUGCAGUACUAAUAAUCAGCGGUGUGUGUGGUCCAGGUGAAACAGCUGCCCCUGGUCAAGCCCUACCUGCGCUCAGUACAGAACCACAACAACAAGUCUGUCAAUGAAGCACUUACCAACCUGUUCAUCACAGAGGAGGACUAUCAGGUUUGUGGUCAAUUUUGGUUGGUUGUUACAUUGUCAAACAAUUAACACAGACACAUUUUCCAUUGAAUUAUUUUUUAUCCUCGACUAGGCUUAAUAUGGGUUUGGGAAACUGGCCCUAAAUAUGACAUUUCUAGUAUCUUGUUUACUUGAAAAAAGUGUUUUUUACCUCACUGAACAACAGUUACUCAUCCUUUCCUUCCUUCCUUCCCUCUCUCCGUGGACUCAGGCUCUGAGGACAUCUAUAGAUGCCUACGACAACUUUGACAACAUCUCGCUUGCCCAGCGCUUGGAGAAACACGAGCUGAUUGAGUUCAGGAGGAUCGCUGCCUACCUCUUCAAGGGUAACAACCGCUGGAAACAGAGUGUGGAGCUCUGCAAGAAGGACAAACUCUACAAGGUACUCAUUCAUUCAUUCCCUUCUCCUUACCAAGGCUUGUUUCUCCUCUGACUGCCAUUCACUUGGAAAAGGUAUAUUAUUGUAAUUGACAUUAUAUUGUCAUUGAACCUAAUUGGUUAGGAGGAUAAUGGGAAAUGUAGUAUAUUGCCAUUUUGUCUGGUAAGAUGAGUGUUUAAGGGUAGGGUUAGUGGUCAAAAUCCCAUGUUGGAGUGAAAGUUCUCUAGCAUGACCAGAUAGAUACCAGACAAAGUGGCUUGGUGCUAACUUCCUCUCAAACACACAGCAUCAAGUCACCACUCCUGAUCUUGAACCUCUAUCUUGUUUCCAUCUUCCUCCAGGAUGCCAUGCAGUACGCAUCCGAGUCCAAGGACACGGAGCUGGCUGAGGAGCUGCUGGGCUGGUUCCUGACGGAGGACAAGAAGGAGUGCUUUGCCGCCUGCCUCUUCACCUGCUACGACCUGCUGAGACCUGACGUGGUGCUGGAGACGGCCUGGAGGCACAACAUCAUGGAGUUCUCCAUGCCCUACUUCAUCCAGGUCAUGAGGGAGUACCUCUCCAAGGUGGGUUGGCGGUCUGGACAUGGAGUGUUGAGUCAUGUGGAGUGUUGAGUGGGCUAAACCAAACCAAGCAUGGUGGUUCUAUUCUACAGUUCCAAGGGUGUUGUUCAUUUGGGCAUGCAACAGAACAUUUCAGUUUUCUUCCAUUUUGUGGCUAAUGAACACAACCCAGGUCUGCUUUCAGUGGGAGUAGGGUGAACUUUCCCCUAGACAUUGAUCUAGGGUCAGUUUGGCAUUUCUUACCCCAAAUGGUUUGGGUGAAAGUAAGCUGAUCCUAAAUGCCAAAUGCCACUUUUACCCAAAGCCCUUUCCAAACACAUUGUGCGGUGAUCUUCCGUUACUCAGUCGAAUGCUUUUAGCAGUUAGCCGCGUUUUGAAAAGGCACUUACUUAGCUAUUCAGUAGCACAAUGCCUUAUUUUUAUAUGGCAAGUUGCUACCAGAGAUUCAUCAAUGAUUCUAUUAGAACUCAGUCCAGCAGAGUCUAGACUUUGCAGCAGAGGUGUGUGGCUUCAUAGAAAUAGAUUUACUAGAAUCAGUAUAAUAGAAUAUUCUAUUUAGAAUAAUUGUAUUUCUAUGUGGUGUGCCAAUAGUCCUCGUAUACUCAAUAGAAAUAGUUAUUUCUUACUUUUUUGUUUUUCUAGUUUGUUUCCCCUCUUAACCAUUUACAGCUUUUUUGUUAACCUUUUCCAUAUAAAAGACAGUAAUUGCUCUUUGUUUAAUGCUCUAACUAAAAUGUUACUGUACUCAACAGAUUACAGACAAUGGGUACAGUACAAGUGUCUUGUUAAUGCAUUGUUUCAAGGUGGUGUCCCCUCUGAAUAUCAAUGACAAGAAAACAAACUAUUGGACACUAGAGAGAGGAACUAAAGAUAGUUCCUCUCUAGUGUCCAAUAGUUUGUUAUCUUGUCAUUGAUAUUCAGUGCCAAGUAAGUGGAGCUCGUCAUUGGAUGCUGUGUGACUGCAUGUGGGACUGCUGUGACUAAACAUGAGUCAGCAUGUGCCUGUCUGCUCUGCACACCUCAACCACAGCUAUCUCUAUAUAUAUAUAGCUUUGAACAGAACUGUAGUCCAGCAGCUCUCCAGUCUAGCCAAUGACAUAUAGAGGACACCAGUUCUACCAUGUAUGUCUAUCAAUAGAACAGGGCUAAUGCAGUCUAUACUGCUCUGCUCUCAAUAGUAGUUUAGUGACUCAGAGUUGAGUUGACCGGAACCUAUAGUCUACAGAUAUACUGUAUAGCCUACUAAGUGGAAAACAGUUAAAUAUUUCACAUUUUACUAGCAACUGUAUUUGUAUGCAUGCAAAUGUGGUAGGUUAAUCAUUGUAGCGCGAUCUCUAUCUUCAAAACAAUAGUUCUUAGGAUAGAAAGGAUAGUUUAACAAUCAAACUAGAGAAAUUCAGGGCAUUAUAGAGGAAGAAAUUGUUCCAGACUUCCUUCUAGACAGGAGUGUGUUAUGGUCUUUUCUGUAAUUUAGUUUGGGUUUUCUUUUCUACUGUGUGGAUAUUUGGUUGCCCAUCUCUGUAUGCUGUCUCAGCCUGCUCUCUCUCUCUGUCUCUGCACUAUAGGAAACUUAGUUAUUUUUAUUUUCUAAGCUGCGCUUCUUGAAUUCCCUUCCAGGUUGAUGCAAUUAAGGAAAAGGUGAAAGUCGAUUUCUAUAUUCCAUCUCUCUCUUGCUGUUUCGUUCUUUAAUUUAGGUUCAUUUAGCCUGGAGUACUGCUACCUCAGGAAUCUGCAUGAGUUUUGUUAAUUCUCCCAUAUGUUACACUGCUGCUUUUCCAAAGACCGAGACACACACAUACACACCGAGUAGUGCCUUCUCAACUGGACUCUCCGACUGGGCAGCAGAGCACUCUAGUAGAUCUGUAGUUACUCACCAAUGACAACCCUUUGAGGAAGUCUAUCAAUGAUGCCAGUCUGCCAUUGGUUCCCAGUCCUGACCCUUGAACCCACAAUGACCUUAAAGUGCUCUUGAUACCCCAAGAGUGUUAAUUUUAUAGAAUAAAUUAUAACGCCCAUUAAUGAACUCAGUCUUGAGUCUUCUCAUUGCCGGCACAUAGUUUAGACCCCCUCUCAAAAAGGACUGCAAACCAGUUGUAGACUGCAUUUAACCAUAGUACUAAAACUGUAAGCCAAGAAAUGCAUCAUUUGAUCAAGGUUUGUGAAGCGAAUGCAAUUUUUAGGGCGGAAGGUAGCAUACCGGUUAGAGCAUUGUGCCAGUACCCGAAAGGUCGCUGAUUCGAAUACCCACGCCGACAAGGUGAGAAAUAAAAUCUGUCGACGUGCCCUUGAACAAGGCACUUAACCCUAAUUUUCUCCAGGGGCGCCGUACUACUAUGGCUGACCCUGUAAAACAACACAUUUCACUGCACCUAUCUGGUGUUUUUUUUCUUCUCCAGAAAUUUUUCAGUAGUGGUCCCAUUUUGUAGUGAUGAAAUUAUACAUUUCUUAUGACUGAGUUAGUUCUCAUAUUGAAGUCUUGACAGUGAAAUACAGCUUGUGCUGCAGCACUAGAGGCGGAGAAAAAAAAAAUCUGUCUUUGUUAAUUGUUAUUGAAGUUAAUUUUGCAUGGGCAGUAACUGAAAAGUGCAUUCCUUCACAGACCUUUACACUAUAUCCAAGAGAAAGAGUAUGUACUGUAUGUUUGUGUGAAAAAUGGGUAAUGGUACCUGCACUUUGGGAAAUGUUCUCUGGUUUUAAAAUAUGCACGUGAUUGAGCACCUGCCAAUGAGAAUCUAGCGUCACUGAGAGACUCUAGGAGACAUUGAUGUUGUUGGCUGUGCCUUGCUGUUGGUUGAUGGGCCUGGUAGGCCUUGAGUGGAGGACUAUGAAUGAUCCCAAGCUUUCACUCCCUCUGCGCUUCAGUACUUCUGCCUCUUUUUCAUGCAAACUAUUUUAACCAACUGUAACAACUAUUGUAGCAUGUUGCUCUUCUCCUUUCAAUGAAGCCUCUGCUUGUUGGGAUUUUGUGGGAAGAGAUUUACUCAUGAUAGUUACUAAUGUUCUUAAGAGGUAUGGAGGGAACUGAACCCACUUUCAGCACUGAAGCACAGAAAUAUAUAGUGAGAACAAAAUAGUGAAACUUUUUUUUUUUUUUUUACUAGCGCAAAAUGCAUCUUGCCUCUUACUGCAACUUUCAAUCCCAAUUAAGUUUUCUUCCUAACAACCUUUGGAAAUCUGCUUCUGCUAUUCUUAAAAGGUAAUUCAUUGGAGUUAGUAGGCUGAUUUUGAUGAGCUAAAACUAAGCAUGUUUGAUAAGGGAAAGGGUGAAUAGGUCCUAGAUAAAUCAUAGAAAAAAUACCGCCUGGCAGUUAACAUCGCUACAUUUAAAAUAGCUCAAAGAUGACAAAGGUAAAAUGUUGAUCUCAUGAGAUUUUUUUACACCUGUUGCAUACUUGAUAUGGGUUUGGUUCUCUACAUACAUAGCAAUGUUAAUGUAUACCGAAAAUAUAACGUAAAGAAGAGUGGCUGAAUGGGGUGACCAAAGUCCAUUGAAAGUAUUUUUCCUGUCACAUCUUAAUGGUCAUCUCUCAUAUUUAUUCACUAGUUUUAAAUGUGUGAUGAAGGGGCAGCUCACAGCAGCCUUGUGUUGAAAAUAAUUAUCUCCUAGAAUGCACUCACUUCACACACCUGGAAUGGUCCUAUCCAUCAAUCACUUAACAUAUUAAUUAAACUACUAAAUGAAAGAACAGUCAAUGAAUGAAGGCUUUUCCAGCACGUCUAGUCUUCUCUGGCCUGCCUGCUUGUAGCUGUGUAUCAUUGUGUUCUUUCUGACCUCUAUUCCAGGUGGACAAGCUGGAGACCUCAGAGUCCCUAAGGAAAGAGGAGGAGCAGGCGACAGAGACACAACCCAUCGUCUAUGGUACGUACCUCAUGCAUCAUUCACAAACAAGAAUCUGACACAGACCAUGAGAACAGCCAUUCACACCAACUCACUCAAAAACAGUCAAGAUGACUCUCGUAACCCAGCCUUUUGUGCCCUAAGUAGUAAAGAGAAGAAAAAAGUUGAAGAGUAAACAGUAAAGAGAAAUUGAUAAGAUGUGGAAAGGUUUGAUGGUGACGAGUUGAUGUUGAUGACAUGCAUGUGUAUAGGGCUGUCCCUAUUUUGAUAUUCGUAUCAGAUUUGUCAUUUCAUAUUUGUAUAGUCUGCUGUACCUGCGCCAAAACUCUGGUAUUUCUCAUCCUAAUAGGUCCUGAUAACUUAGUAAAUGGUGAGCGAAUAUGUUUUCAGCACUUAUGUCCAUAACUGAUCAACACAUUUAGGCUUCCGUGUGGGCCAGUGGCUAGUGCCUCUGACCUCGGAACACUUAUGCCAGAGUCGGCAUGGGUUUGAAUCAAUCUCCUCCAACCUGUCUUCUCUCUACAGUCUGCUGUUAAAAAAAAUAAUCAUUAAAAUAAAUAAAAACAUUUGGGCUUCCUUGGCACUCUGGAAUGUUAGUUGCGCUGUGGCUUGUGCUCCAUUCUAAAACAUAAGUUUAAAUAUUCGAAUCAAUCGGCAUCAAAUGAUUUGAAUCAGAGUAAAUUAAUUAAAUCCGAAUAGAUUCUAAUCUUUGGUGUCAGCCCUAUAUGUAAUACCUAUCUCUUUUCUCCAGGCACACCCCAGCUGAUGCUGACUGCUGGCCCCAGCGUGCCCGUUCCCCCCCAGCAGGCCUACGGCUACGGUUACCAGGCCCCUGCAGGCUACCCCCAGGCACCUCAGGCCCAACCAGGCUUUGGCUACGGC